AUGGCACGAUGGCCAGCACCAAACAAACAGAAGAUGAAUUCUAGAGCUUUGAAAGAGAAUGAUUUGUUGUUGGGCCACUUGCUUUCUCCAAGUUCUGGUUUUGACUUGAUGCAGAAUUGUGACCUACCUCCUCCGUUGAAGGUCUUUUCUGGGUCAGAUAAGACUGUCAUAUCAUCUAUGAAUAGGGCUUUUAGCAUGAUUGGAAGGGAACAAGAUCAUGAUGAUUUCGAUGUGUAUAGAGGUUGUGGUGGUGAGAAUUAUGAGAAGUUGGAGGUUUUGAAGGCAUUAAGGUUGUCACAAACAAGAGCAAGGGAUGCAGAGAGGAAGGCUGCAAGUUUGAUCAAGGAGAGGGAUUGUGUUGCCAAUGCUUUGUUCCACGAUUCCUUUCAGUUAUUUGCUUAUCGCCAAUGGGUGCGGUUGCUUGAGUUUCAAGUUUUGAAGGCACAAGAACAAUGGCAACAGCAAGAAAAGAAAUUGUGUUGUGGUUGUGGCAGAUCAAAGGAGGUGAAAGACCAGUUGGAAGAAGAGGGUUCAGACGAUGAGAGCAGGGAGUAUUGGAUAAAUGUGGCUUUGAAAUUUUUUCUGGGCUUUGUUGGCUUCGGACUCGCAUUUGGUUGCUGUUAUUUGUUAUGA